AUGACAGCCAUCGCGGAGGUCGAGCCUGGUUAUGUGGGGAAUCUGGACUCAACACAGGAAGAGAAACUUCAACAGUUCUGGACACUCCUGAUGCAAUCAUGGGAUCUGAGCAUCCCUGGUCCGGAGCCAGCCCGCAAAUCAUCAAUCUCCUCUAACGGCACUGCCAAAGUGCAUCGACGCUUUUUCUCUCUCGGUCGGUCACCACCUCAACCAACAGAGCAGGAAGUAGCCGCAAUCCCCGCCAACCUCCUCUCAACACUCGAGAGUCUCGGCGCCGGCCCAAAUGAGACGAAAGCAGUUGGGUCCCUUCUAACCAAAUUGCCGGGAGAGAGGCUGCGAUCGGCCUUUUUGACCCUCCUCAAACAGGACCACCCCGAUGCUCUCCUGUUACGCUUCCUACGUGCCGAGAAAUGGAACGUCCCGAAAGCAUGGAUUAAGUUUGUGGCAUCUUUGAACUGGAGAGUCAACGAAUACAAGGUCGAUGAAGAAGUGUUGCUCAAAGGCGAAGAACACAACCUCGAGAAAUCCCGGCAAGAAGGGAACUCCGCUGACAAGAAAGACGGUGAGGGCUAUGUACAUCAGCUCCAAACCGGCAAGGGCUACUUCCACGGCGUCGAUAAAUGGGGUCGUCCGAUUUGUGUCGUCCGAGUUCGAUCCCACAGCCCCAGCGAGCAAACACAAAAGGGUCUAUUCGAUUACAUCAUCCAUUGCAUCGAGUCGGUCCGCUAUUUACAGGUGCCUCCCGUCGAAUCAAUGGCAAUUGUGUUCGACCUCACCUCAUUCAGCCUGUCGAAUUGGGACUUCCCUCCCGUUAAAUUCAUCAUUGAUAGCUUCCAAGAGAACUAUCCUGAAUCCCUGGGCGCCAUGAUUUUCUACAAUGCGCCAUGGAUCUUCUCUGGAUUCUGGAAGAUCAUCCACGGGAUUCUUGACCCAGUGGUCGCUGCCAAGGUUCACUUCAUCAGUGGUGCGAAGGAACUAGAAAAACUGGUGCCAAAAGCACAAAUCUUGAAGGAACUUGGCGGCGAGGAAGAUUGGGACUAUGAGUACAUUGAGCCAUUACCACACGAGAGCGAUCGGCUAAAGGAUACAGCCACUCGGGAUUCCAUUCUCGAGGAAAGGAAGAAGCUUGGUGAUGAGCUCUUUAGUGUGACCGCGCAAUGGAUUUCUCACUCCGACGUUGACUCUGCUCUUAGCCGUCGGGGUGAGGUGAUUAAGGGUCUGAGUGCGAAUUAUUGGAAACUGGAUCCAUACGUGCGCGCUCGCAGUCUCCUCGAUCGAACAGGUGUCAUCACAGAAGGGGGAACCAUCAACUUCUACCCCCCGAAGGCGGCGACUCCGGUCGACGAAAAGUCAAAAAUGGUCACCGAGCACGUAAAUGAGCCCCAACUGGCAGCGGCGGCGGCUUGA